AUGUCCAAUCCACAAAUCACUGGUCCAGGUAAGAGGAAUGUUUGUCAGGGGCCCCAGUGGCUUAGCAGAUUUGAGAAGAUAUUUGAUGCCUUUUUAUCAGAAGAGCCUGAGGAUGACAUUGAAAAUCCUAGUCUCUGUAGGCGUCUGAACCUCACCUACAUGUGCAACUUCCAGAGAAAUCAAGCUAACAACAUGGUUCCUGCCCAAAAGAAACUCCCUUCUAAGAAGAAAAAGCCCAAAAAAGGGUCUUUAACUUCCGGUGUAGUUAACAACAACACAAGCAGAAAAAUAAAGAUUUGUAAAUCGGUGGAUAGAAACGCAUCCAACCUAUCAAAAGAGCCUAGAAACUUUGACACCUGUGGAUCCAAAUUGGAACCAAAUCUGGAAGGUGAAAAACCAGAAGAGAAUGUUGACGAGGCCCUCAUUCAGGAACUGGAGGCACGCAAAGAGAUUAAUAAGAUCCUCUUGAAGCUGGAAAAGCCAUCCUGUUGUGAACGUUUCAUGUCUAGGCUACAGAGGCUGUGUGACAAAACCUGCUGUAAGUACACGCCAAGAAUCUACUUCAAAAAACCUCUUUCGUGGUACUCAGCAACCUCUAAAUUGGACGCAGGUACCCUUCUACGGGAGAAUUAUCUUGGAAUAACUGCCGGUAUUAUCAUAGGUUUUGCUUCCUUUCCCUUCUUCUCCACUGCCUUUGCUCAUAUGCCUCACAUGGCCGCCCUGGCUGCAUGCUAUAUGAUGAUGCUCACUGUUUUCGGAAUUGCCUUCUCCUCCGAUUUUCGUUGCAUUCUUCUAAUCACUUUGCCCUACCUUGUCGCCAGCAGAACGCGCUGGCUGCUAAUGCUAAUUGCCACCACCCUAGCAACUACUGGCCCAGCACUCAAUUUUAUGCAUAAUUCUGGCAAUUUUCGCAAUGCCAUUGCCUGUGUACUAGGUCAGGUUAGUGCCAACGUCGAAUUAAUGGGCAAAAUCACUAAGGCACCGUUAAAGAUCAUAGUGAAGCAACUGAGUGGUUUCAUUGAUAAUAUAAACAACCGGUUGUUUGCAGCACGAAUGUCAUUGAGAAAACUGAAAGAGGUGAUCUUCAUGGCGACAAAAAUAUUGAAUCAAAAGUCCGAUUGGAUUCGUGCUAUGGUGGAGGCGUGUGGUGAUGAGAUUGCUAUGAAGAACCAGUGCCUUGCUUUCUUUAAUACAUUAUACUUCAAUUGUGCGGCGUCUAUGAAGUCAAUGUCAUUUCUUUGUAACCUAGUACGGAUGUUUGCCGAUCAGGCAUGCAAUGGAGUGGCAAAGCUAAACGAUAUCUGCGUCCGGGAGUCAAACCGCCUCCACUCAGAGAUGACCAAUGUGGUACCAGUGAGUGAGGAGCAGUUGGAGGACAGUGAAGACUCAAUUCUGCGUUUCCUGGGCCAUGAGAACAUUAGCGUUGAGGUGGGGGAGGAAAUGACAGACAUCAGUUUUGGCAUGAAUGUCUCCUCACAGACAGUGGUGACGACGAUGAUUGAAGAAAAAAUGGAUCUCAUGAUGAAUGGAUUGAACUACUUUAAACGCGCUAUGGCUUGGGUGCUCACCAUUUGGACGCUGUUCACGGUGAUUCAGCUGAUCGUGCAAGCUGCAAUGUACAGAAAAAAGUGGCUUAAAAAACCCUUUUUUGACAAUGGCCACAUCACGCCACAGUUUGUAGCACAAGAGCGCAGGGCACUUGAACAUGGUCGACCUACCGCCCUCCCGCUAACCCACUCUGAACGUAUGAAUUAUGUCACCCUGACGGCGUGUCAAUGGUCCAAGACGGAGCGCAAUGCGGCUGUAGGAUCUCUGGUAUUCCUCUUUGUCGGUAUAAUAACCCUUGUGCUCAUCAUUUUCGCCGAUUACGCAAUGUAUCAAGUGGUGCUCACAACUUCACCAGCAUUUUCUACUGGAUUUGGCGAGGUGCAACAGACUCUUGAGGAAGGCAUAUCCGAUCAAAUAUCGGAUUUCGGAUUCGGUGCAAGUGAACAAGUAGUUCCAGAGAUUCAGGGCAACUCCACCAUGUCAGAAAUUGGGCGUAGUUUUAUGAAUCUGGCAAAUCCUCUAAAAGACAUCGCAUUCAGUGUGGACGCCACUAUAUGUCGACCACGACCUUCGGAACCGGACCAUGAGACGACCAUUCUGAUUGGCCUAGCUUUGGUUCUAACUCUCCUCAGCAUCAUUGUCCAAGUCUACGUACUUCGACUUCGUCAUCUAAUCUUAGCCUGGUAUUACCCAGACGGAGCAAACCGCAGAGCCGCCUGGCUACGAACUUACAUUCGAAACACACGGGGGCUCUUUCAUCAAUUUAUUCACAAAUUGUUUAAUCGAAAGUUAAAGAAAUCUGAUGCCGAGUCUUCAGGCGGUAAACUGAAAAAACUUGACCGUUUCAUCUUUUUGCAUCCCCAACUGGCGCGCUACUUUGCAAUGGCCGGUAUAAAGCGAGUUUUCUGUGCCCAGUGCACCGCUCCUGGGAAUCCCAAGAAGAAGGUUGAGUUUCAGCAGAAUUUCACCCAGUGUCCUCGCUGCGGAGUAUACUAUUGCAAGCUCUGUCAGGUGAAUUUGGGUGGCAUUUGCAUGUACUGCAACGUCCCAGUGAAUACCCUCUCUAAUGAGGUGGAUUUUGAGAUUUGGAGCUCUGAUGAGGAGUAUGACUACUUCUAUGUCAAAUACUUUUCCCGUAGAAAACAUGAUGAGUUCCUUGUUCCACUAAAACCUCCGAAUCUGGAAGAGACACUUCCACCAGAAAUGUUUAGACAAAUUCAUCAACCCUUUAGGUUCAUGAUAAGACGUCGAUUACAGGCAGUUAGAAGACCAGGAUUUGGAGAAAAAUUAAGAAUGUUUAUCAAACGGCGAAAAGCUAGACGCGUUAAUAAGGGUGUCAUGAUUGCACCACCGACUAAACCUUUACCAAAAUUGAAAAAAACUUUGUCCCGGAUGAAACGGAAACGGCGGCUAAUCAAACCGAUUAAAUGGGAGUUUGUCCGGGAUGAAGAGGUGGAAGACUCAGCCCAUGAAAACUGUCAGCUCUCGACUGCAGAUCUUCCUCAGCGUGGGAAGAUGAUAUUCAACAUAUCGGAUCGUUCAUAUUAA